AUGCCGCCACGGCUGUCGGAGCGGGUGCCCUCACCGGCGCCCUCGCUGUCGUCCUCACAGCAGUCGGUGGCCUCUUCACACCGAGAGAAGCCACAUGAGGGCUCCAAGACGUCGUCGCUGUUCCCUUCAGCCUCCGAGAUGAGUCGUACUGUCAAGGCCAAGAUGAACACACUCACUUGGAAGCGGAAGUCCAAGAAGGCAGUGUCCCUGGAUGGAGGUUUGGCGGCCUCGGAGGUGGUGCAGCGGACAGGACACCUCGUGACCAGGAGCCACAGCGUGAAUUCCCAGCCCUCGCCGACGUCACCUGUCCAGAAUGUGGUGCCAUUCAAGAGUCAGUUGCCACUAGGCCAAAUCUUCCGGCACUACCUCCGGUGGCGGAGGGAUGGCCAGGGCGAAGUGGAACGCAUCCAGGCGAAGAUCGAUGACAUGUGGCUGCAAGAGAUGAUGCUGGGCUGUGACACCGAGCUCUUCGAGACUGUCCGAAAGGACGCAGGACCGGGUGCGCGACGUCGAAAGCAGAAGCCUGGGAGCGCGGAAGAGCAAGUCCGGGCCCAGGUUUGCAGCUGGAAACGUCGUCCCAGUCAAGUCACGCAGGUCUUGGUGCAGCUCCGCCAUGCGAAGCGUCCCAGAGCAGCCAGGUUUUUGCUGCAAGCGAUGGCUUCCGCGCGCUUGCCGCCCAACCCCCUGCACCGCGCCGCCGCCGUGAGCGUCUACGCUGCCGCGGCCGCCUGGGCGUUCGCGGUGGAGGAGCUCGGCCAAAUCUCGAACUUGGGGAGCACAUUUGGCAGCACCUACAGCACGGUGGCCUACAACAGCAGCAUCACUGCACUCGAAAAGAGCUAUCACUGGCAGUUGUCUUUGCAUCUCCAUCAAGAGAUGGCACGCCGCCAGGUGCGCAAGGACGUGAUCUCCUUCAGCGCUGGUAUCAGUGCCUUAGAGAAGGCGGGCCAAUGGCAGCGUGCCUUGACGCUUUUUCGCCAGCUGGGCCAAGAGCGUCUCAAGAAGGACCGGAUCCUGUAUGCGGCCAGUAUUAGUGCAUGCGAGAAAGGCAGUGCGUGGCAGCAUGGUUUGGCCUUGUACCAGCUGUCCCUUGAUGAAGGUGUUCACAGCGACGAGGUGAUUUACGGUGCCGCCAUCAGUGCCUGUGAAAAAGGCGCUCAUUGGAAAGGCGCUUUGGCCCUGUUCGAUCGAUUUGCCGUGGCGACCGCGCCUUGCUGCAGCGCCGUCAUCAGCGCUUGUGAGAAGGCGGCUCGCUGGCAGCUGGCCUUGCAGCUCCUCAGCGUCAAGCUGGCCUCGCUGCGCGACGAGGGAGAGGUGGCCUUGAGUGCUGCGAUUAGUGCCUGUGGGAAGGCGCUCGCCUGGGAAAGCGCCCUGAGUUUGCUGCGCGGUGCUCGAGGGGCCAUUGCGUUCAAUGCGGCGAUGGCUGGGUGCGGCGAUGCGGGUGAGUGGUCCUGGACCUUGUGGCUCUUCGAGGAGAUGCUCCGCCAGCAGCUCACACGGACAGAGAUCUCAUUUAACGCAUGUGUGAACGCCAUGAGCUUGAGCCUCCGAUGGGAACAAGCUCUCCAGAUCUACGAGUCCAUGCGCCCCAGCCUCCUCCGGCCAGACAUCCUCACCCUGAACGCAUUGGUCCAAGGUUUCUUGCCCCUGAUGAAAUGGACGGCAGCUGUGGCACUUCUCGAUGAACUACCUCGCAUGAGCGUGCAGGGCAAUGUGGUCACUGAGGCCAACAUCCUCAAACUCUGCCGCUCCUCCGGCGAGCGCAGAGCGACGGAAAUGGCCGCUGCCUUGCCGAUGUGCAGCGAGGUGCUGGCACUGCAAUGCUUUCAGCGAGCGGGACCCGGACGGGAGAGCGGCCCGGGGCCUGAGACGUCGCCGGUGCGACCGGCAGAUGUGGUGACCUUCACAUGGUUUUCGACCCUUGCGCAUCAACCGAUGCACCGAGCGGGUCAAUGGAUGUCAUCAUAA